UUGUUUGAUAAUAAUGGCGCGUGAGCUGUCAGCGGUGUCCAGCGUCGAUUCGGCGACUAUGUUGUUACUUUUCCACACGUUUUCAAAACAAUUAGUGUUGUGUAAUGGGUUACUGAGCUCCCAGAGUCGUGUUCUGGAUAUAAGAAGCUCGCUGGAUGAAAAGCUGGAGCGGAGCAGGAGGGAAUAUGAAGCCGCCCGGCGCAGAGCUCGGAGACGCUAUGUGAGGCUGAGAGCCUUGGCGCUGUGCACCCGACUCCUCCACCUGCACGGUCUGGAGAGACGAGUGUGGAGGAGAGAGAGACCCCAUGGAGAAGUGUUCUGGUCCAAUGUCCUGGCUAACUUUGAUGAUGAGCAGUGGGUGGAUCAUUUCCGCAUGUCCCGGAGCACAUUUGAGUUCAUACUAGGACUUGUGGAAGAGAAACUGAGACGCAAGUCGACUCGCUGGAGAAAAGCGCUGGAGCCGCGGCGCAGGCUGGCCAUCGUGCUGUGGUGGUACGCGACCCCGAGCGAGUACAGGACCAUCAGCUGUCUCUUCGGAGUAGGACUGUCCACUGUGUGCACUUUAGUGCGCCAGGUCACCUCUGCCCUGAACACCAGCCUUCUCAAACAGUUCAUCUGCCUGCCAGAAGGAGAGCUUCUUCAGAACACGCUCAGGGGGUUUGCAGGACGCGGAUAUCCCAUGUGUGCUGGGGCAAUCGAUGUGACCCACAUUCCCAUCAUCUCUCCGAGAGAAAACCCAGCUGCUUACUACAACAAAAAAAAGUGGCAUUCCAUUAUUCUACAAGCAGUUGUGGACCACAACAUCUGCUUUACAGAUAUAUAUGUUGGCUGUCCUGGUGGCACACACAAUGCAAGAGUGUUGGCUACUUCUCCGCUCUACAAGAUGGCUGAAGAACAGGAAGGAUACCUGUUCCCUCGUGAGGAUGCCUUGACCGUGAAUGGAGUGGAGAUUCCUGUUCAUCUCGUUGGAAACGCCGCAUACCCGUUAAAGAGGUGGCUGAUGAAGGGCUUCACAGACGAGCACUCUCUGACUCCAGAACAGCAUCACUUCAACAGCCAGCUUAGCUCAGCUCGCAUGGUGGUGGAAAAUGCUUUCGGGCGUCUUAAAGGUCGUUGGAGGUGCCUGCUUAAACGCAACGAUGUUGAUGUUACGUUUAUGCCCGACAUCGUUACAGCUUGCUGUAUCCUGCACAAUGUGUGUGAGCUGAACAAGGAGGACUUCCUGCCUGAGUGGACUGCGGACUUUGAUGAAGUCUUACAACAGCCUGACCUGGAUCUUUAUAGAGACACGGUGAUGGAUAGCACUCAAGCUAUUCGUGACACAAUGGUGACAAUUGUGUGAGUUUGCAGAAAAGCAAUGCAACACACACACUUACUUCUGGUAAAGUUAAUAAGCUGUGGGUGAGACACCAUUGUGGAACUUGCUCUAAAUUUGCACAGACAGUUUAUAGACUUUUGUUGCCCCUGCUCUUGUUCAUCUACGUCAGGGGUCUUCAUUUGGUGCGGACUGUCAUGGCGAUCUUAAAUUAAAAACUAAAAGAGAGAGGCACAUCUUGCACUUGGUUUUUAUAGUAUCACACAAUUUAUGUACUAAUUAUUUACUGAUUACAUUAGACAAAAAAGGCAGUGAGGAAAGGGUUAAGUAAAUCUUUUUUUUUUUCCUUGGUACACCUCAUCUCACAUUUAUAAAGCUCACAUGUUGUUCAGGCCACAUUCUCACUCUUAUCUUUUAUAGAGGUACCACUCCCGGUCAGACUGUUGGGAGUCUCUCCUCUCCUCACUCCCAUAGACCUUAUCGGCAGAACACAGAGACGUCCUACAUUCUUCAGAUAACACGAACACACAGUUACAGAAGCUGCAACAGCAUCUCAGGGCCAUCAGUGGGCCUUGGCUGAAUGAAACAGAAAACAUCUCCACACACACAUCUAAAACUUCCCACUGCUUAAUAUAGCACUUAGUGUACUGACCAUGAAUUUUUAAUAAUUCACAUGUAAAGUAAUUAAUAUUAGGCCAGAUAGAAAACUAACAUCAACACACGUGGCACCAAUUCCACCCAAACACUGAGCUGCCCAAGGAUAUGAUCUUCUAACACAAGAGAGUCACAGGUUAAGUGCUUUUUUCAGGAGUGAUAAACAAAUCAAUAAAAAAAAACUGAAGUACUGUGUGCUGUUGUUUUGCUUGGAAAGAGCAACACAAAAUGAUACAGAAUCCUGGAGUGGGCAUUAAAUUUGCAUGCAUGUGAUGAAUAAAGUUUUCAUUCAUGAGCAGUUUAAAGCGUAGACCUAUGGGAUUUGGCUCACGGUCCCCACAAUGAUCCAAGGCCUUUGUUCUUCUCUUUUGUGCCGUUUAAAUUUUGCAUACAAACCACGACAAAUUUGUUUUGCUUGCCAUAUAAUGAUUUAUGUAAGUACAGUUUUGUCAUUAAACAAACAAUUUUGGUUCCAGUAGAAAAAUAUGCAAUGUGCAAACAAAAUAUUUCAUAAUGUAUAUCGUUAUUUACAUACAGAGAUGUGUGUUAUAUACAGGAACAGUGACGAAAGAGUUAUUCCAUGAAGGUUGUGGUGAAUAAUACACAACACUUUAUAGCCUUUCAACACAGAACUGUUUGUGUUUUCUUGCUAUAUAACUGUAUACUGUAAUGAUGUCUAAUCCCAGUCUCCCAGAAGAGGACAGGUCCACUUUUGAGUCUAAUUCUUUUCAAGGUUUUUUUCCUUAUGUCAUCUUAGGGAGAUUUUUUCCUCACCACAGGCUCAUCUGGUUUGUUCAUUACGGCUCUAAAUCUAACGGGCCAUUUACUUCCUAAGUCCCAAUUUAUCUCCUAGUCAUAGAGUGUCAGAAAUUAAACAAGUAAACCUUUCUGAGAUACUGAACAAGUACAUCAGUUACAUUAACCUUCCUCCAGUACAAAACAACAAAAUAAGCUUUAAAGGCCAGAAAUAAAAUGUACAAUUUCCCAAAAUUAGUCAAUCAACCAAGACAUGUUUGAUGGUGUCGUAGAAUCUCUUCUGUAGAAAAACACUCUCAGAACCUCAGGGGUUUAAUGCCAAAAGAUAUUUAUUACAAACCAAUAAAGCCGAGCUGGUCCGUGGAGCAACUACUGGACUCAGUCUCAGCACACGUUUCCCAUGAUUCUUUUCUAACGGUGGCGUGGGAGCAACCAGUUUUUUAUAUAUAGGCGCAUUCCUUUCUGCACAUAAUCCAAACUCCUUCUGGCACCUUUUUAAUGGUAAUACAUGUUUUUUUAUAUAUUGGUUACACAAACACAUUCUUGUCUACGUAACAGUCAGAUACACUCUUGACCAGAGGUUUAAAAGAUAAUAGUAAAUUAACUGUUCUCUUGGUUACCAUAUAUGAGUACUUUCUCAUGCCUUAUACAUUGAUCACACAUGAUUAGAUUAUGCUUUGGUUAAUUAAAAUACUCCAUAAUGGCCAGAGUUUCUUUUUUAAAGUUUUUUACUGGAGCUACAUGGCUAAAAUAACAACUACAGGAAUCGUAUAACUAAAAAAAGAAAAGAAAUGUCAGCUCUGUCAGCAUGGUGUGUGAACCUCAGCUACAUCACUCCAGCUAAUAAUUGGUCUCAACUAAAGAUGUGCAUGGGACUGUUUUUAAUUCCUGCUCGCACAGUUAUUAUUUUAGUUUGUACCUGCCCAUGAUGUUUCCUAGCAAUUAAAUUUGGUUCUAUUUCUGAAAACUAGUGUCCUAAUUUAAACGACCGCGACCCUGACCAGGCAGUUACUAAGGAUGUAUGCUGUAAAUGUAUCGUGUUUGUGUUAAUAACGCUUUCUUUGUCUUGAGGACAUCCUAUCUACUCACCACUCACUCAUGGCUGCACCAAAGUAAAAACCUCCUGCUCACAUUACUUUCUAUUCCAGCUGAAUCUCAAGUCUCAACCAGAUGUCCUGUGAAACUUCUGUUGCACCUCCUAUCAUAUUCUCAUAUUCAAUAUCUGUAUUUGUAUCUGUUUAUUCUGAAUAGUGUAUUUGUAUUUGGUUACAUUCCUCAUACCAAAGACUCCUAGAUCAUUACACACUCGCCUCAGAUUGCCUUCAGUAUCUCAGAUAAAUUUGCUUACAUAGUUUCUGAUGCUGUAUGAUGAGUCACAUAAAGUAACUUUUGCAUCUCACGAGUGCUGACAGCAGUAACUUUUCAUAUGCAUUGACACACUGUAUCGGUAGGGAAACGUUUUCCCGCAGAUGCUGCAUGAAUAGGGUUUUUCUCCAGUGUGAAUGCUUAUUAAGAGUUCCCAAGCGCUUGAAGCUGUGUCCACAUUCAGAGCACGUGUACGGCCGGUCAUCCCAGUGGCACUCCAAGUGCCUUUUAAGGCAGGCUUCAUUGUAGAAGCGCUUGUCACAAAUAGCACACGGGUAAGGUCUCUCGCCCGUGUGUGUGUCCGCAUGUGACUUUGGAAACUCUUGUUGCUUUGGAAUAUCUUCUGACAGUGGUUACAAGUGUACUGCUUCCUCUUUUUCUUCUUCACCCUUUUUUCACCAGACCAUUCCUGUCCCGGUCCUCUGUGUGCACCCAUAUGUUCAGUGAGCCAGUCACUGCGUCUGAAGCCCCUUCCACAGAGUUCACACUUGUACGGCGUUUCUCCUGUGUGGAUCCUCAUGUGACUUAUGAGGUUAGCUUUACGGACGUACUCCACACCGCAGAGUUCACACACAACAUUUUUUUUGCUCUGCGUUUUAGUUUCUUUGGCUGUUGAUCUGUUAUGGGCUCUGGCAAAUUUUUCAUGUUUAAAUCGGUGCCAUUUGACCUGUGAACGAACUUUGGUCGGUAUUUUAGAGCUCGGCAAACACGUCCCACCCUGUAAGAUUCCUCUAACUCGCUCAACACAAAGACCUCUUUAUAGUUUUCUUUCCUGAUCGAAUUUGGCCACAGAGUUACUCUCAAAAAGCCGUUGAAGGAUCCUGCUGCAGUCUGCUCCCUUUCAGAAUCGCUCAGCUCCUCCGUUUUAAUCACAGCAUGGUUCUGAUGCUCAGAUCUCUCAACUCCAUUUCCUUGAGAUUUUUAAUCAUAAAUCUCUACACUGUCCAAACUGUGUCCGUCUGGAAGCAGAGGAAAUAAAAUGGUUGCAGGAACACAACACCCACCUUAUAUUUCAUCUCAAAAUAUCACUCAUUGCAUGGGAUUGUCCAUUUAUAUAUGUAUUCCUUUUUAUCAAUAGUGUCAACUAUUCUGAAUUUUGCUGUUAUGUAAUUAUUAUAAAUAAAAGAUCAUCUGUAUGAAUGCAUUUCUGGAAUUUGAUCUGGGUUUUCCAUCUUUUGUUUUGUUCACUUGCAGCAAAUGAAUCGUUCAAAAGCUAUUUUCCAGGCAUCCAGCACUUGCUUUAUGAAAAUUAGCUAGCUUAAUGAGAAGUUUACUACAUUUAUAUUACAGGAAAGUAAAAAUAUAAACCCACCGCAUUUUUCAAGUUUUCAUU